AUGGAGGAAGAGCUUGGUGUUAAUACUGAUGCGAAAGUUCCUGAAACGCUCGACGACUCACAGGUUGACAGGAGCCCGAUAACGACCACAACGAAAAAUGCCUUGAUUACCAAUCGCCUGAGCCCAUGCGAUACCUACCCUCAUAGGCUGAAAGUAUCUGUCGUGGGGACCGGGAAGGUUGGCAUCGCCUGUGCGAUUGCUAUCCUCAUGCAAAGAAUGGCGAGCGAAGUCUGUCUGAUCGACAAGAAUGCGGCACGAGCGGAGGCCGAGGCCGAGGACAUCCGGCAUGCUGGCAUCUUCCUAGGGAAUCCAUUGGUCAGUGGUACAGCCGAUAUAACUAUGGUGAAGGAAUCGGCAGUGGUGAUAAUAGCUAUUGGCGAGCCUGGUCCCCUGGAGAAGCCGAAUAUCCGACAUAAUGUGGAGAUCUUCAAGAAGAUUGUACCCGCUAUUGCCAAGUUUGCCGGUCGCGCUGUGUUGCUGGUAGUCACUCAGCCCGUUGAUGUCAUGUCCUACAUCACUUGGAAGCUGUCAAAAUUUCCAUCGAACAGGGUGCUUGGAAGUGGCACCUUGGUGGAUACUGUGAGAUUACAGUAUUAUCUGAGUCAGAGGCUUGGGCUGGCCAACACAUCCAUCAGCUGCAUGAGUAUUGGAGCACAGGGGGAGACUUCAGUUCCAGUUUGGUCAAGUGUUCACGUAGCUGGCAUGAAGCUGCGCGAUAUAAAUCCACGAAUGGGUGAAAUAAGUGAUCCAGAGCGUUGGUACGAGGUAACGAAUGCGAUGAACGAGACAGAAUCGAAGUUGAAUGGUGAAAAGGGUGAGAACGGACCAAGCUCCUGGUGCCUCGGUAUAUGCACAGCCCAGAUUGUCGAUGCCAUCCUGAGAAAUACGAAGGUCGUAAUCCCGGUUUCUACGUACAUCCACAGUUGCAUUCAUGGCACCGACAAGGACGUCUACAUGUCUGUACCAUGUGUUCUUGGAAGAGAAGGCGUUCAUCACACUGUUAGACAGAAAUUAACUGACCAGGAGAAGUCAUGUGUUCAGACAUGCGCCGAUGCUAUUCGAAAUACACUGCGUGAUUGUGGCAUACUCCAGGAGUCACGCGAUGAUGAUGAAUCGAGUUGAUUCGUUCGUCAAUAUUCUCGCAGGAUACUCUUAUGAAUUCAUUUAUUUUAGAAUUUCAGUCUGCAGUGAAGCGGUCUACAGAGAGUAUGAAAUUAUGCAAAACAUUGUAUACAA